GGCAGUGAAGCGGAAAGAGAGAACAAAACUAGGUCAGAGGCGGAGUAGAGUCUUAUAAUUGUGGCGAGCCUUAAUUGUUACAGGGCGUCGUGCACCCUGUGUAUAUGUGGUCGUUUGUAGGUAUAUAGCCUGCAUACCCAGAACGCCUUUUGACUGCGAUCCAGGUACAGAGGUACUCGGUCGUCCAGAUGCGCCAUGGACUCCACCACAGAUGAAGUCGAACCCGAAUCCUUUGUCUCUCAUCUGUAUGUCAAAUGGACAAACUUCUUCAAGUUUUUUGAUGCCGAUAAUGAUGGGAAAUGGACCAAAAAAGACUUGCGAACUUUGGCGGAUAGAUUCAUUCGGGAGGCAGGAAAUCUGCUGUCAGAAAGUGGAGCAAUGCAUGUGAGGAGGCAAGCGCAGCACUGGCUGAAAACACAAGAGGAAGAGCUGUGCCAAGUGGCAGCAGGGGAGAUAAAUCCGGACGUAUUUUGCAAGACCUUACGACAAUUACUGGGAAAAGUCAGUGACAACACACAUCUUUUCAAAGAUCUGGACAUUUUCAGUGAGAUUUUUUUUGAAAUUAUUGAUAUUAAUCGAGAUGGAAAAAUAUCAAAACAGGAACUUACAGUUUUUUACAAGGCAGUGGGAAUUCACAAUCAAAUAAUUGUGGAGACGUUGUUCAAUAAUCUCAAUUUGCUUCGUGACAGUUCCGUUUCUAGAGAAGAGUUUAGAAUUGCAUACAGGGAAUAUUUCUUCGGAGAUCAGAGGUUUCGAAAUGGACUGAUUCCGUAUUUGUUUGACAGGGAAGGACUUUUGGAGAAACAAAGAGAAUUCUUCUAUCAGGAUCCUUUAUAGACACUAAUCCAAAUUUCCGUUUCAGCGUUUAAGCAAAUUGUACACUGGAUAGUCAUGCUCUUGUGUAACUGGAAUGUCAUAAUGCGUGUAUUGGCCACUGGAUGACAGGUUGAAUCGUGCACGUGGUAUUAUAUGGAUUAACACAGUGCGGAUUAAUAUAUAUGCGCUUUUCGACGCCUAAGCGGCGAUUCACUUAGCUAGGUUUAAACAAUGCCACAUUCAUUAUGUGCAAACAUUCUUGAGAUAUCACAGUAAUGGCACUGGGAAGGAAAUGCAGCACGCAUGCUCAGGGUGUAUUUGUCAGGUAUCUGAUUGGUGUCAACCAACUAGGCAUAUACAGUUAAAUGAUGUCAGUGUUAGUGUGUUUGACCGUCAACAAAGAAUAACUAAAGCCGACUUCGCCAGAAAAGGUAAUAAGCUUUGUCUUCAAAGCUAAGAAAUUGACAUACACGAGACUCUAUACCCAAUGAAAUCAUAACAUACAUGAUUAUCGAGAAUGCAGGAUACCUAACCAUUUGGUCCUAAACUCGUAAGAAAAAAAGCAUGCUCAGGGCAAAUGGUAGCCUACGUCAUGCGUAAAAAAUAUCCAUGUAAAUAUUAAGUAAUCUAUUGCAAAUAAAUACUUUCAGUACAAAUUAUAUCGAAGUCCCUGUAUUUGUAAAAUUCUACUUAUUCUUAUUAUUUUUUUUUUAAUGUGGAGAAAAAGACUUUUGCAGAUUCACUGUUCUUAGGGCCUUAGUCACGAUGAACAGUCGACGACUCUACAGUGUGAUCGUUUGCGAAACCUUGGGUUCGUUGAUGACCACUUGGCACACAUAUCUGUUCGCCAUAUGCACAUGGAAGAGUUCGUCAGUAAUCUACCAAAGGCAUGGAGCAGUAUCAA